CAGUAAAGUCGCCUCGUUAAAGUACCGGGAAAUUGUGUGACUAACGCAGCCACCGUUGACUUUGCAGCGAACCCAGCUCAAGCGCAAUUAUGGCUAAUCCUUACGAGGCAGCCGUGUCGAACGUAAGCCAGGACAUAUCAACAGCAUCUACCGUGAAUGGCACCUUUCUCGACUACGCUACUGCAACGGAUGACAGCAGAAAUGCCAGCGACGACAUGGACAUGGACUUCAUGUCCGUCGAGGAUGAGGAAAUGCUGCGAAUCGCAUACCUCAUUGGGGAUAUUGUGAAUAGAUAUUACGUGCCCAUCAUCUGCUGCACGGGCAGCAUUGGCAACAUACUCUCCGUCUUUGUUUUCUUCAUGACAAAGCUACGCAAAUUAUCGUCGAGCUUCUAUUUGGCCGCAUUGGCCAUCAGCGAUACCUGUUUCCUGUGCGGCCUAUUCAUGCAGUGGCUCAACUUUCUCAACGUGAACAUCUACAAUAAGAAUUAUUUCUGCCAGUUCUUCACGUUCUUCAGCUAUUUGGCCAGCUUCUGUUCGGUGUGGUUUGUUGUUGCCUUCACCGUGGAGCGUUUCAUAGCGGUCAUGUAUCCGCUAAAGCGUCAAAUUAUGUGCACCGUACGUCGCGCGAAAAUCGUUCUAUUCGGCCUCACAUUAGCUGGGUGUGUGCACUGUGUGCCGUAUAUAUUGAUUGCCAAGCCUGUCUACAGUCCCAAAUUGAAUGAUACCAUAUGCGAUUUGAACACCUCCUAUAACGAGCAACUGGCUCUAUUCAACUACUGGGACUCGAUUGUUGUCUAUGCGGUGCCCUUUACAACCAUCACCGUGCUGAACACCUGCACGGGCUGCACCGUUUGGAAAUUUGCUACCGUUCGACGCACACUCACAAUGCACAAGAUGAAGCCACAGAUGACAAAUAUUCCAGCGAAUGCUGCUUCCAGUUAUCGCAGUGCAGCAUCGUUGAAGCGUCAAAAGUCAACGGGCACACACCCGAGCGGACAGCACAGUGUAUCAAGGCAUACCGAACAGGACCAGCAACAGCAGCCACGACAGGAAGUCGGAAGGCCCCAGCAUCAUUGCGAGAUAACACAGAAACCAUCAGGACGUCGCAAGGUGCAGAACUCAUCCCAGCUAAAGGUAACCAAAAUGUUGCUCGUCGUCUCCACGGUUUUCGUCUGCCUCAAUUUGCCGAGCUGCUUGUUGCGCAUCGAGACCUACUGGGAGACACAAACGGCCAAAACACAAAAUACAACAAUCGUUUUGCAGUACAUCUUCAAUGCGUUUUUCAUAACGAAUUUUGGCAUCAAUUUCGUACUUUAUUGCGUGAGCGGACAAAAUUUUCGCAAAGCGGUGCUCAGCAUUUUCCGUCGCGUCUCAUCGGCUCAACGCGAGGGCAUCACUCAAGUGACAGUUUCCGAGUAUUGCCGCAACACGGGCACCUCGACUAGGCGACGCAUGAUGACACAACACUGCUGGAACGAAAUGCACGAGCUGCAUCCACUUAGGUAAACUAACGAGCUAAGCAAAUACGAAUCGAAGGCGAGAAUGCUCUUCGAAACGGAAAACAAGCAU